AUGGCCUUACUCAUCCGUAGACGUCAAAGACAUGCAAGGCAAAGAAGAAGGUGGUGGGUCAAACCCUGGAUUGAGAGACGUGUGCUGUUUGGACAGUAUGAUAAUCUGAUGACGGAGUUGCAGAGAGAAUGUCAGGGUGACUUCCUGAACUACAUGAGGAUGCCACCAGAAACGUUCCUUGAACUGUUGCAGCGCAUCACUCCGAGGAUAGAGAAGUCCUAUCGCUACCGGCAGCCACUGGAUCCUGGGCUCAAACUGGCCAUCAUCUUGAGAUAUCUUGCGACCGGCAACAGCUACAAAACCCUGCAGUAUGCCUUCCGUGUUGCCCAUAAUACCAUCUCUCUGUUUAUACCAGAGGUGUGCCAGGCCAUCAUCAGUGAAUACCAAGAUGAAGUAUUUUCCUGUCCAACUACCCCAGAUGAAUGGAGAGAAGUGGCCUGGACUUACGCUGACAGAUGGAACUUUCAUCAUGUCUGCGGAGCCUUGGACGGAAAACACGUGGCCAUCAGAAAUCCACCAGGCUCUGGUACGAUCUACUACAACUACAAGGGUUUCUACAGCCUCAUCCUCUUGGCCCUAGUUGAUGGCAAUUACAAGUUCCUCUGGGCUGACGUUGGUAAUUCCGGUUCAUCAUCGGAUGCCCAGGUCUUCAACCACAGCCCGCUGAGACGUGGACUGGAGAAUGGUACUCUUGGCCUGCCAGAUCCAGAGCCCCUGCCAGAUGAUGACCGAGACACCCCUUACUUCUUAAUUGGGGACGACGCCUUCCCUCUCAGGACAUGGAUGCAGAAGCCGUACUCCAACCGUGAGCAGACCGACGAGGAGAGAAUCUUCAACUACCGUCUCUCGAGGGCUCGCCGUGUGGUGGAGAACAGCUUUGGCAUCCUUGCCCAUCGCUGGAGAUGCUUGUUGAGUACCCUACAGCUUGAUCCAGAAAAAGCCAGGACAGUCAUUAUGGCCUGCAUGUGCCUCCACAACCUAAUGAGAGAUCGUUUUCCUGGGCUUCAGAACAUUGACGUUGACCAUGAAGAUGAGUUGGGCAACCACAUCCCUGGGGCAUGGAGAAACGCAGCAGUUCUGCAGGAUGUUGAACGAGUUGGCGGAGGCUACCAGGCAAACAAAGAGGGCAAGAAGCUGAGAACUUACCUGAAGCACUACUACAACAGUCCAGUUGGAAGCCUGCCCUGGCAACAACACAUGAUAUAGACUGCCACUUGGCGCACUACUUGGGAUACAGCACAGACUCUGCCAUAAAAAUGGCAUGUAAACUUCGAUCAUGAUUUUGUGGAAUGAAUCAUUUCAAAGUAGAAAUGAAUGACCAUGUCAACAGUUAUUUUAAACAUACAUUACUUUUACAUCGAAAGGUAGU